GCUCAGUUGUGUUGAAUGGGGUCAGAAACUCGAUCUCCAAACUGAAUGAAGAGCACCAAAUGGACUAAACCACAAAGCCUUAGUGCCAAAAGAGUCCACUCUUAGGUGGAAAUGAGGGAAGCUAGAUAUCAAACCGCUGUAGCAGGAAAUGGCAAUAAAUAGCCGAGACGCAAAUUUCUUCAACAAGAAGGGCAAUCUACUUGUCGCGUGGAAUUGUCGGAUAAAAAUGGCCGUCAUAACAAAACACUUUUUCCGCCACAUGGAGUUGUAACUUUUCGGGUUUGAUUGUUGUUAAGAUUACGGAUUUGAGUCAUGUAGGUUGGUUUAAUGGUGGUGUUUCCUGAAAUUUGUAAUAGUUAUGUACGUCAGAGGAUGUGGAAUAGUUUUAUAAGGAGUGGAUUGAUUUCGGCGUGUGAUAUUUCAGGAAAAUAAACUUGUUUUGAUUUUCGACAAACAAAGUUCUUUUUUUUUUACUUGCUUGCGACUCAGUAUGCCAAAACUUUUCAUGUGUAAUUGUAAUAUUUUUGUGACCAUCUUUAUUAUUAUGAACUUUCAUUGAUUUGAUUACCAUGGAAAAACUGUGUACAAGAUUUCCGUAAUUUAAAAAAUGAUUAUGUUAGUUAAUAGAGGGUGUAUAAGUGUUUUGUGUGGAAUGCCGUAACGGUAAAGCCUGUUCUCUGUUUUUGUAUUGAUCUGCUGACUAUCAAUAUUAUGUAAAUAUUACAUGUGUUGUCUGGAAUAAUCGGUCAACCUUGGCCCCCAGAGAUAUCGGUAGAUGUGCGAUAUUUCAAAUAUAAAUUAUGAAUUCAAGCAUAAUAAAUAUGAAAUUUAAAAUAAUAGUGAAAUCUUCUUGUGUCUCAGAAAUGUAAAUAAUAUUUCAUAGUUUGUUGUCAGUAAUCUUAAUAGGAACAAAAGAUGGCAACUCCAAGGAAAUCGCUUAGUGAAAAGUUUCAACAGGCUACAAGGAAGAAAAGUUCGAGUAAACGUCUCCGUACGCCGGACACCCCUCCAGAUAUUAAGCAAGCUACAGAACCUAGUGAAGCUGAAGAGAAACAGGUGACUGGCAAAUCUAAGACUACGUCUAAAAUCGAUCAGUCUAGUCAACCAGUUAGUGUAUCGGAAAUCAAAAUCGAAUUAAAGAAAGAGAUUGAUGCUUCGAAUUUUCCCAUGACAAUAAAAUCUCCAUCUGAAAUUGAAGGACCGUGUUGUUCUUCAUUUAAAACUGAACCCAAAAAGACCUUGGCACCCACAAAAUCCGAAACCAAAUUAUUGGAAAAGCUUGUUUCGCCACGGCGAAUUGUAAAAGCUCACACGCCGUCUAGAAAAUUAGCUGUUUGUGGAAGUGAAUUUCGACCAACGGAUGCCGCACAAAUGUCAGUAACACGAUUUACGAAGAGCAAAAGUGAUGAUCGUCCAAUCAAGUUUAACCUUAGUUCUGAGACGCUAAGCGAAAUGGAUGAGACUAAUUUAUCCCCUUCCCCACCCAAUGAGGGGGAGCACAGAUACUCAUCGUCAACGCCUAAGGGUAAACAAGAUAAAAAUUCCUCAUCAGAACAAACUCCUGUCAGCCAUAGAAGCAGUUUGAUGCGAGAAAAUGCGUUUGAUGACGUCGAAGAUAUGUCCUUAUCUUCGUCUGAGUUUUCUCCAUGCAGCACGUCAACAAGUUUACGAUUAGAAGACUUGAGUGAUGAUGGAAGUAUGAGUGACUCUAAAUUACGCGAGAGUAUAGAAUUCAGCGAUGAUAUGACAGAACUCCAUUUUCCUGAACCACAUUUGCCAGUAAACAAACAAUUACGUAUCGUAACAUCGGUUGAUAGAGCUCUUUACCCUCGGAGGAAAAGUUCUCUUAGUCGAUCGUUAGGGAGAUCAUCGUCUGAUAAUUUAGAUCAUCAAUUGUUUUUGGAGUUUAUGAAGAAAUCUCAGUUGUCAUCGUUUGUACAGUAUUUCCCAUCGUCACUAACGAUGAAGGAUUUCAGAUCACUCACACAAGAAGAUUUACAGGAUGUUUAUAAGAUUGAUGAUGCUCAGUGUAGAAAACUCAUAUUAAAAGCUGUUGAAAAAGCCAAGGAAGAGGAAGAAAGUGACGUUGAGUCUGAUUUCGUUCCUAUUCUAUCUCCAUCUCCACUGCCAUCACCUUUGUUGAAGAAAUCAAAUGAUUUGCCAUUUGGAUUACCCAGUAGUCUUCGCCGUCUGCAGCGGACAUUAUCAGAAGAUGCUAAACAGAGGCGACGUGAGAGUAUGCCAUCAACGCCGACUGGUCAACCCAAUCCCAUCGUACCUAACACGCAUCUUGGACACACUGUUGGGGCAUUAAGUUUGGAACCAACUAACUUGCUGCGGAUGAAGAAUACCAUUUUAGGACAAUCGGCACCAUCGUUAACGGCAACUCUGAAAGAUUUAACAGUCCACCGUAAAGGAAGUCGAAAUUAUGGUCGAAAGUCUGGAUUAUCUACGUCUCCUACACUGCCCCAGAGAUGUCCGUCGCCACAGACUUUGACAGACAGAAGCCCCCACGAAAGUCCAAGAAACUUGUCACCUAGUCAACAUGGAAAUUUCGCAUUUCAAGCCAUCAAAAAGUGUGAUGGAAGAAGAUGGUCGUUUGCGUCGUUACCUUCGUCAGGUUACGGUACCAAUACUCCAGGUAGCUCUAAUGUUUCGUCCCGUUAUUCUUCUCAUGAAAAAUUGCAUCAGUUCCCAUCAGCCCCUACUGCCGAAGAACUGGUUUAUUUAUCCAGUCAUUUUGACGAUGACCAGAUGACCGGAGCAGAAGAUGACGGGAGGUCGUCUCCCUUGAUGAGACCGAGGUCUCGCAGUUUAAGUUUAUCCUGGCUUGCGCUGGAUAGUCCAGCCAGAUCACCAGGAGGAGAUUCAGAAAUAGUCAUAAUGAACAGUGUCUACAAAGAAAGAUUUCCGAAGGCUACAGCUCAAAUGGAAGACAGGUUAAAAAAGUUUAUUAGCGAACAUGAGAAGUUGGACCCGUCCCAAGAAACGGAUGCAGUAUUAUGUUUUCUACAUCAUCAAGUCUUAGAAAUGGCACGAGAUGUAUUAAAUAAAUCCGAGGAGAAACUCAUUACGACAGCGUAUUUCUAUGAAUUAAUUGAUAAUCUAGAAAAAUUGAAACAAGAUGCGAGAGAGAGAUGUGAGCUAUCAUCACUAGCGUAUUCAUGUAUUUAUCCUAUGAUAAAACAACUGUAUAUUAUUGUAUCAAGACCAGCAAGAUUACUAGAAUGUCUGGAAUUUGAUCCAGAAGAGUUCUAUAUGUUGUUAGAAGCAGCGGAAGGUCAAGCUAAACAAACCAUAAAAGAUGACAUUCCACAGUAUAUUAUCAGCAAAUUAGGAUUAAAUAGAGACCCUGCUGAUAUAACACAUAUUGAAACUAUUACUGGAGAUUCUUUAGAUAAAGCUGAGGAAGAAGACGGAGAAUCGGAGCAUGAGAAGAGUUUCAGUAAAUUCCCUAAGGGUAAAACACCGUGCAAGGAAGAUUUCGAAUCUAUGAAAUUAAUCAGUAAUGGUGCUUAUGCUGCUGUAUAUUUGGUACGACAUAAACAAACACGUCAAAGAUUUGCGAUGAAGAUGAUUGGUAAACAGAAUUUGAUGUUACGCAAUCAGCUUCAACAAGUCUUCUUAGAACGAGAUAUCCUCUCCUUCACGGACAAUCCGUUUGUUGUCAGUAUGUACUGUAGUUUUGAAACCAAGAAACAUCUGUGUAUGGUGAUGGAAUAUGUUGAAGGAGGAGAUUGUGCUACUCUUCUUAAAAGUGUUGGUGCUUUACCGUUAGAUUUAGCUCGGAUGUAUUUUGCUGAAACAGUGCUAGCGUUGGAAUAUUUACAUAGUUAUGGUAUUGUUCAUCGAGAUCUCAAACCAGAUAAUUUAUUGAUCACAGCUUUUGGUCACAUCAAGUUAACAGAUUUUGGUUUAUCAAAGAUUGGUUUAAUGAGCAUAACAACUAAUUUAUACGAGGGUACUAUUGAUAAACAGUUCCAAGAUAAACAGGUUUACGGAACACCAGAAUAUAUAGCGCCAGAAGUGAUAUUACGUCAAGGUUACGGUAAACCUGUUGAUUGGUGGUCUAUGGGAAUUAUUUUAUAUGAAUUUCUCGUGGGUUGUGUGCCAUUUUUUGGAGAUACACCAGAAGAAUUGUUUUCUCAAGUUAUUAAUGAAUCGGUAGAAUGGCCGGAGGAGGAUGAUUGGCAGGUACGAGAGGAUGCUAAAGAUAUAAUAAGUGGUCUCCUGACUCACGAUCCCACAGAAAGAUUAGGUUUCGCUGGGGCUCAACAGGUGAAAGAACAUUAUUUCUUCCAUGGUUUAAACUGGGAGAAUUUAUUACGUCAGAAAGCUGAGUUUGUUCCACAGUUAGAUAGUGAAGAAGACACAAGUUAUUUCGAUUCGAGAACAGAAAGAUAUAAUCAUGAUUUAGCGGAAGACACGGAAGACGAACCUGAUGAUGUAUUGUUUCACAGUUUCUCGUCAUGUUCACCCAGAUAUAGUAAAGUUUACUCUAGAAUUGAAGAGUUACAUGAGGAUCGACGAGAGAAAGACCGGAGAAGACAUUCUAGUGCUGAUGAUUUCCGUACGCGAGUCCUCGAGAAACAAGCUUUAGAACGUAAAGAUUCUAACCAAUCAGAGUGUUCCGAUACAUCACUAGAGAUACGAUCGGUAUUGAGGAAGGACAGUAGUGAUACAACAGACUCUAGAACGGACGCUAGUACCGUUAAAUUAGACGAAGAUGUGUUCAGUAACUCUGACAGUAUGUGUCGAUCAAUAGACCACAGUAGUAUAUCAGAUUCUUCACAGACGGACAGUGAUUCAUGUCUUUCGCCACAAAUAACACGAUCUAGACCACCAUUAAAAAAUGUCAUACCACGAUUAGCUAUAUCAUCAGAGGAAGAAAAAUCUCCCAGUUCUAAAGAAUUAUCUCCGGUAGACGAAGGUAAAGAGAGAAGUGUUGUUAAAGAGAGUAAGAAAUCCCGAGAUAAAUCUAAUAUGCCAAAAUCUGCGUCUGCUACAGCGUUAACAUUACUAAUACAUCCUGCAGGUAGAAAAACUGAAGAUUCGUAUCCACGAUUAAACUCACCAGGUGGUUCCAGUGCUAGUUCUCGUGAUGGUUCUCCUAACAGAGAUUCGUCACCAUUGUCACGAUCGUUAAAACCACCGAUAGUUGUUAAACGUGGAGCCCGGGGAUUUGGUUUCAACUUUCAGAGUGUCCGUGUUUAUAUUGGUGAAUCGGACGUGUAUACAAUACAACAUAUUGUUACGGACGUAUCUAACAAUAGUCCAGCAUUUGAAGCCGGGUUACGUAAAGGUGAUUUAAUAACGCACGUUAACGAUGAAACCAUACAGAGUCUGCUUCAUACACAAGUCGUACACCUCAUCAUGUGUGGUGGUAACGUCUUGACGAUUCGAUGUGUACCGAUAGAAAACACCUCUAUCAAGACCUGCGCUAAACGAAAGGGAGGUAAUCCUGGCAAAAUGGCUCGUAAGAAGCGACAACAAAGAGAGAAGGGAGCGGAAAGGAAAAAGGGGCGAUCUUUAUUUCGAAGACUCAGCACAAAGAAAGCCGAGCAGCACGUUUUACCCUGUUCCCCAGUAACGCCAAACCGAGCCAGUCCACUCAGUCGAUCUUAUUCGUCAAGUGAGGCCACUCCGCAACCAAUGAAAACGGUCCGCUCACCGCCAAUAACUGUUCCAUGGUCACCGGAGAACUCUCCACAGAACAGUUCCAACAGCAGCUCACCAGCAUCAAGUACGCCAAACUCUCCCGCUGGUACGACACAUUUCGGACGACCCAGUUCACUUCAAGUCGUCAAACACAAGAAAAGUAAAACCCAGAGUCUCCAAUCACCACACAGAAGAAAAUCAGUGCAUAAUAUCCCCCUGUCUCCCCUGGCCAGAACCCCCUCCCCGUCCCCUCUCGCUUCCUCUCCUACUCGGAGUCCUAGUCCAAUGGCCUGUGUUCAUCAACAUCUUCAAGGUAGCUCUUCUCAAUCUCAAAAGACUAUACCUGCCUACCUAAACCCUCCUGUACCUCAAACCUCUACUCCCACAUCCCGCAAGGGGUUCUCGCGACCAAAAAGCUGCGAACCAACUUCUCCCUUGCUUCGUAGAGCUUUGUCUCCGGACAGAUUACAUCCGAGCUCCGCAGAAAAAAUGCCAGCACAACGUAAAGCUCCGUUACAGGACAAGAAAUCUGAAGCUCUGUAAUUUAAGUGUUUGGAAUAUGAUGGUGUUUUUCAAUGUAUAAUUCUAUAAUAUAUUGUGGUAAUUAACAGGGGUAUAUCUAUCAGUUCUCUGUUACUCAGUUCAAUUAACGGAUAUCUCUCCGUCUAUAUCAGGUGUUACACUAUUAAAAAUUAACGGGGGUAUAUCUACCUGUACUCCUUUAAUCAGUCUGAUUAACGGAUAUCUCUGUGCGUCUAUAUCAGGUGUUACACUAUUAAAUAUGUGGUAAUUAAGUAUGGUUUAAUGGUCGAGGGAGAGACCUUAAGUAAUAUAUUAAAACAACACGGGUGACAUAGUCCCUGAGUUGUUAUUUCAAUAUAUUACACAAUGUCUUAAGCUCGAGACCAUUAAACAACAUAAAAUACAGAUACAUAUAAAUAAUGUACUCUUGGCAUAUUGCCGUACCAUUAUUUGAAAUAAUGGUACGCCAACAUCAAAGGAUGAUGUCACAUCUGUAUUUUAAAUUUCUAUAUAUGGAGGGGGAUAUUUGUGUAAUAAAAGAACAGCUUCGGUUAAGGAUGCAUUAUGUUAGAGCUUAUUCACAUGACAAGCCUGUAGUCAACUCUCGAAUUCGUCAGAUUGAUCGGUUAUUAAAUGGAUUAGACAAUGUUUGCCAUAUCUUCGUUAAAAUCAAGACUUUGUUAAUUAAAAACUUCAAACAUUCAUAACUUCACUCAAAAUAAAGUAAUUUCGACUGAAAUUUUCAAUAUAUAUAUGUUCGUGUUUAAACUACAUAAUGCAUCUUUUAACAGAUAUAUCCCGACCUAUAAAAGGCGUUAAUUAUUUAAUAGAUAUAUUCCUGUCCAUAUAACGACCUACUCAGUGCAGUAAACAGAUAUAUCAUGACCUAUAAAAGGUGUUAAUUAUUUAAUAGAUAUAUCCCUGUUCAUAUAAAACAUGCUACUCAGUUCAGUAAAACAGGUAUAUUUCUUUGUGCGUAAUUAUUGUGGUGAUGGACUUUCUUUGUGUAUUACGAGCAUAAAUAAAUAGAAAGUUUGUCUUCCUUGUGAUAAUAAUAUUACGAUAACUAUCGUGUGUGUGUGUGUGUGUGUAUUUUAUUCUAUAUUUUUUUUUAUUGUCGUUCGUUGGUUCGAUCGUUCGAUCGUGGACAGUUGUGUAUAUAGAAUGUAAAUAUAGUUACGGUGUUAUUCUGGUGCUUAAAGUUUGUAGAUGUGUUUUCAUUUGUUUUCUUGACUUGGAAUUUAAAGUGACACACUUUAUGUUCAAUGUACAUACAUAUGAACUAUUUGACUACGGAUAUAAAAAUAGACUCUUAUGACUACAAGUCGGGUAUAUAUUGUGAUAUCGAAGUUGUAGUGUUUGACUUCGGAUAUACUAAUAUAUACUCUAUGUAGAUUGUAUAUAUAUAAAGGUUAUAUAUUAAAACUCCUGUAAAUAUAUUGUGUGAUAAUACAAGGACGACAUUCAUCUAUCUCUAUAAUCAGUAUCAAGUAUGGCUGUGAUUGUGAAUAUAUUUCAGUUAAAUUUAUCAUUCAUAACUCGUGACCGAUAUACGAGAUCGACACAGUAGAAUCAUUUAACACGGGAGUCGCAUAACAGACUGAGAUUUAGCAGAAAUUAUAACAGGUAAAAUCGUUUAUAUUCCUGGGUUCUCAAGAAAUGAUUUGGAUUUAAAGGAUGUGUUUUUUAAACAAAUGGAAAUUUGAACGUUUUCUGGAAAUUUUAACAGUAGACUGGCUAUUGCAUAGAGCAGUGGUAGGCAAACUAUGGUCCGCGGGGCCACAUCUGGCCCCCACAGCCUUGUAAUCGGGCUCACCAGACCCUUCCACUACAUUUGAAUAUUUACGAGUUAUAUCUCUAAAUGAAAUAAAAAAUUGAGGGCCCAAACUCUAAAGAGGCCUUACUCUCUGCAGUAUCAAUAAUCUUUGUAGGUCUAUUUAUAACUUGCAGCAUCACUCAGUGACGUAGUUGCCUAUCUUACAAUUCUUGUUUGGCCCUCGUUUCAUUUCAAAACUUUGUGUUUGGCCCUUUGCCUAAAACAUUUGCCUGCCCCCGGCAUAGAGUAACAUUAUAACAGUCUGAAAUUAAGCAGGAAUUUCCAGUCUCUUUUUUUUUCUGUAUAAAAUACAUUUAUUUAGUCUGUAGCAAUGUUGAGAUAAAAUGAGUCGUUAAAAAACAAAAUCGAUAGUGCUUCAAAAUUUGUAACCUGUGUGAACUCCUCAUUGUUGUUGAUUUUGGUCGUGAUUUUAUAUUGGUAUAUUCAACUACACCUAUUUACCAAGUGACAGUCUUUUAAAGUCUUCAAUCAAAAUAGAGGGGUUGGGUGGCCAAAUGGUUAGCGUGUGCACGUUGUAUCAUAAGGUCUGUCAUUGAAUCAACUGCCAUGGUCUCGAUUCCCCGGUUGUACGUGACAAGAAGUAGUCUAAAACUACGCCAAUUCAAUUGUGAUCAACAUAAAAUAUGGCACACGGGUUCUUUGGACAAUUGUGCAUUGAUUGACAAUUGACAGACUUUUGAUAUGUCACUAUUCGCUGAUCAGGAGAUGAAGUCUUACUGGCUUCCUGGUGUACAAUCUACCAGAAAUGUUAUUGAUAUAAGAAAGGAAUAAUUUGAUUGACUACUGAAAGAGACUGUCAUUUGGACCAUCUUGUUAUCGUACCUGUUUUAGUUUGCUAUUCAUUCUUUUAUUGAUAACAUACCAUAUUUUUCUCCAGGAAACUGUGAGAAUGACUAUUCAUUAUUCAUGUUUGAUUGUAUACAUUAUCAUUAUUUUUCAAAAAUCAGUGGCAUAUAUUUUGUUGACAGUAACACAGUAAAUAUCCUUACACUGUAAUCCAGGUAUUAUUUAAUCUUGUGUAUCUAGCGCUAAUUGCUCUCACUUGUCUUCAUUAGCCCAGUUUAGGAGCAGAACAGUAGGGCGUUAAACCCCAUUUCAAUAAUUGCUCUCACAUUCAUUCAAUAUCAAAUCUUUUUUAAAAAAAUUACUCAUUAUACAUCAAUAAUCAAUUGGGUUGUUUAAGUUUUAACAGUGAUCGAGAAAUUAAACGUAAAUUGGACACUCAUUAUCAAAAUUGAAUGGUCAGCUUUUAACUGGGCACGAGUAAAAUGAUUUUUAUGAAUUUUUCAAAAAAAGAUUUGAUAUUGAAUGAAUGUGAAAGAAAUUAGUGCUAGAUACACAAGAUUAAAUCAUACCUGGGUUACAGUGUAUUUUGUUGACAAUAAUAAUAACCAUCCUUACUUGCUUCUCUGUAUUCUAUCACUAAAUAAUUUGUUGAUCAGUUGUUAGUAAUUUCAUAUUUAUAAGAUAAUACUGUAUUAAAUUUGUUGUAUUGUUUACAUAACUUCAACUGAUCAUGUUCAAUUUCUUGUAUUAUUUUAAUAGAGACUUUAGUAUGUAUUAUUAAGAAAAGUUAAUAAUACUUGGGGGGGGGGGAAUCAGUAUCUUUCAGUAAUGAAAUAAACCUGAACCAAUGAAUCAUUUAAAGCAUAGUAUUAAGGAACAGCAUUGGCUUUAGCAUGUAUCAUUAAGCAAAUAUUAAUUAUAUUUAUCUGAACCAAUAAAUUAUUUAAUCAGUAGGAUUAAGGAUUAUUUAAUCAGUAUGGUUAAGGAUUAUUUAAUCAGUAGGAUUAAGGAUUAUUUAAUCAUUAGGAUUAAGGAUUAUUUAAUCAGCAAGAUUAAGGAUUAUUUAAUCAGCAAGAUUAUGGAUUAUUUAAUCAGCAGGAUUAAGGAUGAUUUAAUCAGCAGGAUUAAGGAUUAUUUAAUCAGUAUGGUUAAGGAUUAUUUAAUCAGUAAAUCUGUAUGGUUAAGGAUUAUUUAAUUAGUAGGAUUAAGGGUUAUUUAAUUAGUAGGAUUAAGGAUCGAUAUUAAAGUAUGGUUAAGGAUUAUUUAAUUAGUAGGAUUAAGGAUUAUUUAAUUAGUAGGAUUAAGGAUCGAUAUUAAAGUUAUUAGGUUAGGCUUUAGCAUACAUAUCAUUGAGGAAAAAUUAGGAAUUUUAGAAAUCCGAUAAAUUAAAUGAUGGUUCUAUAACCAUUGUUUUAUGUAUGCAGCAGUUUUAAGCAUAAGCAUAUAUUCAUAGUUUUAACUGUACCUCCUCAGACUUGUUAUUUAUAAUAUAAAAUAAUUAAAAGACCAAACCAAUUUCAUUUUCAAUUCUUUUGGGCCGUGAUAAAUAAAUAGCCAAUUCAGUUGCAUAAAACAUAACUAGUCAUCUAUAAUACAGAAUACAUCAAUUAGCAUAAUUAUUACUGGUAGCUGUUACAAAAUAAUCCUGAAUACUAAAUAUUCCUACCUCUUUAUACAUAUAUUUCACUCGGUUUGUGAUCAGGACUAUAAGGUGUGUGCAUGAUUUUAUUAUCCAGUUUUCAGUAAUAUUAUAAAAAAAUUCAACAUGAUUCAGUGAGAAAAAUUUGUUUAUAAGUGACUUGAAUUUGACAUAAAUUAGGGAAAUUUUAAUAGUGGCCAUGCUAUGAAUAUAUGUAAUAGUAACUCUAAAGCUUGGCGAGUCAUUUAGCGCUAGGGGGUUGGAUGGUCGAAUAUAAUUAUAUAUUCCAUAAUUGAGGUAUAUAGAACUGUUCUGUAUAUAUAUUCAUGAUCGGGUAGUGAACUAUGCUAUACAUGUGUGUAUAUAUUGUACUGGAAAAAAAACCCCAUUUAAAUGGCAUUUCAUCAUUUUGUUUAUUUUAUAUAUAUAUAUCGAUCUCUCUUAUUAUGUUCCUCAAAAUGUUUUAUGAGAUUUUGUACAAUACUGUACAUAGUAUUGUAUGAUACAGUACUAUGUUGACAGUACAAUACUGUACAAGUCGACUGUACGAUACAGUACUAUGUUGACAGUACAAUACAGUACAAGUUGACAGUAUGAUACCGUACUAUGUUGACAGUACAAUACUGUACAAGUCGACUGUACGAUAUAGUACUAUGUUGACAGUACGAUACUGUACAAGUCGACUGUACGAUACAGUACUAUGUUGAUAGUUAUAUUAACCCUAUGAAUUAUAUUAUCAUGAUUAUAUUACAUUAGUAUUACCUUUAUCUUUAUUCAUAAAACAACAUGGCUCUCAUUUUGGUCAUAUUGGGGACAAGACUAUCUAUAAAUAGGCCUUUUUUUCAUAUUGGUUACUUAAAUGUAAUCCUUUUUGAAUAGAUUAUAAAUACACUAGAUCGAUAAUAUGCGAAAUCACUUUCGUAUUGGCUACAUAAUGUAAAUUUUAUUUGACAGGGCUACAGAUAUUUUUCUUUUUUCAAAUUAACUAAAUAAUUCAUGUAAAUUUUAUUUAAAAAGGGCUAUAAAUAGGCUUUAUCAUUUUCAUAUUAGUUACAGGCUAUAAAUAGGUAUUUCCUCUUUCAUAUAUUGGUUAGAUAAUAUAAACUUUAAAAUGUAUAGGGUUUCUAUGACUGUUGUUUAAUAUAUUUAAUUAUAAUAAUUGUAGUAAUAUAUGAUCAGGUUUAGAUAAUAUGUUAUUAUACUAAAAGAGAUUAAUGUUUGCUCAGUGUAAAGAAUAUAUUAUUACUGUAAAUAUGUUGAAUAUAACUAUAUUAUAUACAAAACAUGGUGUUAAAACAAGUUACAAGGCUUGACAAAUGUUGUUACAAUAAGUUACAAGGCUUGACAAAUGUUGUUAUAACAAGUUACAAGGCCUGACAAAUGUUGUUAUAACCAGUUACAUGGCCUGACAAAUGUUGGUCAGGCCUGACAGAGGCUUGGCAAAUGUUGUUAUAAUAUGUAACAAGGGCUGACAAAUGUUGUUACAAGGCUUGACAAAUGUUGUUAGAAGACUUGACAAAUGUUAUGUUUAAUGUAACUCUAUGUAAAGCUUUAUUAUGAUUGUAAAAAAAUACAACACUCUGUCCUUAAAUAUACAGCUGCUGUAUUGUAGACGUAACAAACCUACAAUUUCUACCAUAUAAAUUUAAAAUACCA